GCAGAGCUGAAGAAAUCCCUCUACGCCAUUUUUUCCCAAUUCGGCCAAAUUUUGGACAUCCUGGUGUCGCGGAGUUUGAAGAUGAGGGGCCAAGCCUUCGUCAUCUUCAAGGAGAUGAGCAGCGCCACCAACGCCCUGCGCUCCAUGCAGGGCUUCCCGUUUUACGACAAACCCAUGCGCAUCCAGUACGCCAAAACGGACUCGGACAUCAUCGCCAAGAUGAAAGGCACCUUCGUGGAGCGCGACCGGAAGCGGGAAAAACGGAAACCCAAAGGCCAGGAUGCGCCGGCGGCGAAAAAAACCG